CGCGAAAAGAUAUCGAAAUUCGCUUAUUAUAGGGCUACGACGCCUACGAGCGCGGUCUUUUCUGCUGUUUUGGAUUGUCGAAAAAAGCAGAAAGGGGCGAUUACUUAAAGGCUAGUGCGCAUUGGACGAAUUUACUAGUUUUGUUUUAGAGCGAAAGUAUCACGAAUUUGAAUGCCUUGGCAGCAGGGAAUCCAGUUAAUGUUUGAGAGGCUUGAAUCUGCCGUGGAAAUUUGUUUCUGAGCUGGUUAUUUGGCUGAGAAGCAUCGAGAAGACUGCGUUUUUUGAAGUCCGAGCUGGGCGGGGUUAGGGUUUGUGAAAGGUGAAGAUUUUCAGUGGAAUCUGUGAAGGGGUUGAAAUCCAAUAUUGUGUUGGUGUUGUGGAGGAUCAGAUGUUAUAGAAGCAAAUUACAUGCCUACGGAAGGCGCAGCUUGGGAGCGCAGAGAAAUAUUGAGAGAGAAGAGGUAUGAAAGGGGGGAGAAGAUAAGUUUUGCAAGGGGCAGGAGGGAAGGGGCCGCUGCUUCCGCCCCCCAGCCGCCGCUCGCUCUGAAUCCGGUUUCCUCCAAUCGCUCUGCAUGGCUCAGUGCGUCAGCACGUCAAGGUCGAAGCAGACAUUUCUUCGAUGAUAGCACUUAUGGAUCAAUAUCUAGUCCAUCUGAUAUUCCCGGCAAAGGUCGAAGCAGGCUUUUCCUGGAUGAUGGUGCUUAUGGGUCAAUUCCUAGUCCCUCAUCUGAUAUUCCCUGUAAAGGUCGAAGCAGACUUUUCCUGGAUGAUGGUGCUUAUGGACCGAUUCCUAUUCCAUCAACUGAUGUCCCUGCCAGGGAAAAAAUCUAUGAAGAGGAUAACCUGGGCUUCCACAUGGAGGGGAGAUACAACAAGAGAAAUAGAGAACUCAUCGGGUCAGGUCCUAGAGGUGGUUACCUGUCGUCUGAGGGAAAAACAUAUGAAGAUGAGAACUUGGGCUUCCGCAUGGAGGGGAGAUACAGUAAGAGAGGCAGAGAACCAGUGGGAUCAGGUCUUGGCUCCAUCAACGCAUCCUGUGACAUUCUUGAUCUGGGGAAGUCCUACGAAGAUGAGGGCUUGGGAUUCCGUGUGGAGGGGAGGUUCAAUAGAAGGUCCAGGGAACUCGUAGGAUCGAGCCUUAGCUCUAGAAGGCCAUCAUUUGAUGACGCUGCCAAGGAGAAAUUUUACGAAGAGGAGAGUCCGCCGGGCUUCUACAUGGAGGGAAUGUACAGUAAGAGGGGCAGAGAACUAGUAAUAGGAUCAGAUCUUAGCUCCAGUCAUUCACAGAGAGACAGAAAACAUCAAAAUUGGGAUGGCGAACUAAUAACAGGAUCAGACCUUCCACACAGAGACAGGAAAACACAACAUUGGGACAGCGGGCUAAGCAGUUUCCUUUCCACAGGUAGGCAUGACACUGUGAUUGGGAAAUCAGUGGAUCAAAUGUCUUUGCAUUCCCCACAUCUAUAUUUUGACAAACAGAUCUCAUGGGAUCAAAUUCAAUCCCAGGAACCGUACAGAAAAACAGCACUGGAGUAUGCAAGCUCGGACAACAAAUUUGUUGCACAGAUGGGAGGGUCUGAAAAUGAUUUUGGAAGAUUUUCUAGGGAUUUUGAGACAAAACUUGACACGCAUGGAAGCUUCAGCAGCUCUGAUAGUUUGCUUGGAGAUGCCCAAAAUCCUCAGCAAGACCAUCUAGACAGUUUUAUUUCCAGGAAGUGUUCAAAAUGGGCACAUCUUGGAAAGUAUUCUUGGAGUUCUUUAUCUGGUCAGACAGGCAUUGCCAAAGAACCUGACAAGGAGCUCAAGGAACCCCAUGAUAUACAUGGAAGUAUGUUUGUGCAUGAUUCUACUUCAAAAAUGUCUACAAGUGCCCUUGGUGUUGUAGUAGAUGAUGAAACUCAUUCACGGAAGAAGCAGCGCCUUGGAUGGGGUCAGGGUUUAGCAAAGUAUGAAAAACGGAAAGUUGAGGGCCCCGAGGAUGAAAACAAUAGGAGAGACAUUAUUCAAUAUGACAUACCUCUAUCAUCCAAAACGGAAGUUCUUAGUCCUCCUUUGGAAAUGAAUCUGGAUGGUAGAAGCCCUAAGGUGAAUGGAAGCUCAGGAUACAUGUCACCUGCGACAACAUAUUCCAUUACCUGCAUUUCAUCACCUGAUGAACAUGUAUCAUCUUCAGGAGCUGGAACAAAUGACAUGACUGAUGAAGAAAAGGCAUGUCAUAAUGUUGCUGAUAAUAAUUGCAAUGGAGUGCAUGUUGCCAGCGGGAGUCAUCUGUUACAGUGUAGCCUACCAAUAUCAGGAUCUGAGAGUAUUUUGGUGGAAACUUCUUCGGAGCAUGUGGAACAAUCAACCAUUUUAACCACAGACAAACAAAAUACAGAGGUAAUCACCUCCAAUUUCUCUGGUUCGGAGUCGUCACUAGCUGCUGGCAAGCUACUUUCUGUAAAGAAUGAUAUAUUGCAGAAAUUGGAAAAUACGGAGCAUGAGAUUGAGAAGUAUGAGAUAGAGCUCAGGUUGUUGAUUUCUGAAAUAGAAUUCAAUGCUGAUGGAAAUGAUCUAUUGGGAGCAUGCACAGAAGUGGUUGACAGAGACCUUGGGGAUAGGUGUUCAAAUGCCUUGGAUGUUGAUGUUCAGGUGUCUUCUACAGCACCUACUUCCAAUGAUGGACCUAUAGGACCUUCCUUGGAUCCAAAUGGCAAUCAAGUGUGUGCUUCAAGUGUUCCUUUGGAAAUGCAAUCUGUGAAAUGUCAAAUGCCAAUACAAAAGGAGAAUGCUACAAACUUGAAGGUUGUUGGUGUUGAAGGAUCUGAAGAAGAUUUGAUGGAUAAGCAAUCUAUGGAAUGUCAGUUGGUACAAACAAUAGGCAGUCAAGCUGAUACACUACUUGUUAGAUCCCAAAUACAAGCAAUAUCAGAAAUCAAGGACUGUGAAAAUGUCACUGGAAAUGAAAAUGAAUGCCCUUGGGAAGGUCAGUCAAAUUUAAUUGAAGAUCCUAUUUCUGUUUCUUACAUUGAGAAUGAUGGAGGAGUUUCUGCGCAUUUAAGGAGCACAAAUGGUGGGGCAGACAUUGUGUCCUCAAUAUAUGCUGCUAAUAAGAAACUAACUAGAGAGGCAUUGGAGUGUAAUGAAAAGUUUUUGCCAGCAGAUAUGGGUAUAACUGGUGACAUCUUGUCUGAUGUUUUAGAUUCAUCAAUGUGGAAGCAGUUGCAUGAAAGGAACAGGGAGCAGAUAGAAGCAAAGAUAGUCGAUCAAAGACAAUUUCUGCUCUUCAAAGAAAGAGCUCUGGCAUUGAAAUUCAGGGUUCUCAGGCAGUUGUGGAAAGAUGAUCAAUAUUCAUUGUCUACAAAGAGGCACCGGGCAAGAGCACAGAAACGUUCGGAAAUUAAUUGUCGCGCAAAUGGUGGAAAUCAAAAGUAUCAAUUGCCAAUCAGAUCCAGAUUUGCAUCUCCAGCAGGUACUUCAUUUUGCCCACCUACCAAGAAAGCAAUUGAAUUGGCAGGUAAACUUAUAUCUGAUCGCCAGGACAGGCCCUGUAGGAGUGUUUUAAAGAUGCCUGCAUUAGUUUUGGAUGAGAAAGAGAAAGUUGUGAGAUUUUCUACAUCGAAUGGUAUAGUGGACGAUCCUAUUGCUGUUGAGAAGGAGCGCAUUGUGAUUAAUCCAUGGACUCAUGAAGAGAGAGAAAUUUUCCUGGAGAAAUUUGCCAUAUUUGGUAAGAACUUCAGCAAGGUUGCUUCCUUUUUGGAACACAAGACUGUAGCAGACUGUAUUGAAUUCUAUUACAAAAAUCAAAAGUCAGAAAGUUUCGAGAAAGUAAAGAAAAUGCAUAAGGUGCAGAAGGAAAGAGAUUGCCACCAUGUAAGUACCUAUCUUGCAACUGCUGGAAACAAUCGUCACCGGGACUCAAACGCAGUUUCAUUGGAUGUAUUCAACGCUUCAUCAGUUGUAGCUGCGAGCACCAGUCACCAGGCAAAUGUUUUUCAGAACACCCCACCAAUGAAUGCUCUAAGGACAGUUGUGGGCCUGUUUUCUGAGAAACAAUCAAGAGAUGCUCGUGAUCUGGAAAGUGAAAGAGAGUGCACUGCUGCAGCAGAUGUUUUAGCAGGGAUUUGUGGUGCUUUAUCAUCUGAGGCAGUGAGUUCUUGUAUAACUGGUGGAGCUGAUCAAUCUGAAGUCCUCCAUGAGAACAGUUUUUCAAGGUCUUUUUUGAAGGAUAAUGGCUACCCCUCAAUAACUGAAGCUCUGCAAAGUAAUGAAAUACAAUACUCCUCUGAGGAAGGCUGUGAGGAAGUCUAUGUAGAUUGGACUGAUGAUGAGAAGGCCUGUUUUAUUAAUGCUUUGACCAUGUUUGGUAGGGAUUUUGAAAGUAUCUCUCGUUAUAUUGGAUCUAGAACUGAGGAACAGUGUAAGACAUUUUUUAGCAAAGUUCGCAAACGGCUUGGACUUGAUGAACUCAUGCUGCGAGAAUCAUACAUCCCCACAAAAAACAAUGAUGGAAGUGAUGAUGAUGAGCGAGGGGGGCUUAUUGAUGUGUCUACAUCAUUGUGUGAUAUAGAUUCUUCUGCAAAGGUGCCUGCAAUUUCAGAUCCAGAGGCUUUUAAUUCAGGUCAAUUAAAUUUCAAAGCCUCUACAGUCAUCGAGGGUGCUCAGAAGAUUGAAGCACAGGAUAAUGAAGUUGAGUUUUUUAUGGAAGAAGCUAAGUCUCCUCAAAAUGAAGAAACUGGACAAAAUACAAGCACAGGUGCAGUGCAGAUUGACGUGAAGAUGAGCCUCAAGGAAGCUGCAUUUUCUCCACAUGGGGAGCAUUUUUUAAGUGAGGGGUCAUUGACAGAUACAAGAGGUGAUUGUCAAAUAGGUACACUGAUGGAUAUACAACACGAUGAAAACAUUCUGAAGGUUAAAGAAGAUCUUUUGUGUUGUAAUAACAACACAGAAACACAAAGUAAAGCUGAGACUAAUGAUAGUAUAGAAAGGUUUCAUGGGACCCUUCACAUUGAGAAUACAUUCAUUGUUGACAAAGGUAAAUCAAAGGGACUUGAAAUUGAGGGAUUGACAGAUUCUAUAUCUUCUGAAAAGAUUAUUAGAUCCCCUUGCAACAUAAAGGAGGAGAGCUUUUGUACACAUGUAACAAGUGGGUUUAGAUCUGUGGAUACAACAGAGUUUUCUGCUCCAGUUCUAAGCCAAAACUCAUUGAAUAAUUUGGAGGUUAUGCAUAAAGAUGAAUGCAUGACAUCUCUGCAUGCUUCUGGUAAUGUCUCUAGCAAUGAAAAAUAUUUGAUAGGUUCAGUGCUUCUUAUUACAGGGAGUGAUCCUUUUGAUAAGUGUGAGGUGAUAUCAAGCCCAAAGAUCAAUGCAGGCAUGGAAAGCAAUACUGAUAUUUUAAUUUCAAAGGCCAUAUCAAAUGAAAGUGUGACACCAUCAUUAAUUACUAAGGAAACACCACAGAGAGUUUUUUUGGAUCAAAAGGCAUCAUGUUCUAUUCCAGUACCUUCCUACAUGUCUGAUUCUCAGUUAAACAAAAAGUUCUCUGAUGCGUUUUCCCAGGUUUCUCAACCAAUGGUUCAUCAUAUGCAACCUGAGGUGGUGGCCUGGGACCAAAAACAAGAAGUACCCUCUAAUGUGGUACUUUCGAAAAAUCAUAGUAUGUUUCAAGAAAGUGCAUCAUCACUAGUUAGGAACCAAAAGCUGGAAAGUGGCAUGGUCCACCAUUAUCCAAACCAGAGCGGAAGUCAGAACCAAAACCAGGAAGAGUUGUGUCUAGGUGCAAUGCUUCAGUCUAUGCAGCAGUCAGAUACGUCUGUUUCUGGACUGUCGUCUCAACAGUUUCAAGGCCUUAAGCUUAAAGAUUGUAGUAAUGGAAAUGUGGAUGAUGGCAAGUAUGAAAUCCUUCAAUGCUCUGCAGAUACUGAACAGUCACCCAGAAAUUUUGGAGGCCAUCAGUUGAAGGUGCUACAUCAAACAGAGUCUCAGUCUUGUAGCAGUCUAAUUUCUAAUGCUUAUCAGCAAGGAUCCCUUAAACAGAAUUCAUGCCAUUCUGAAGUGUCAUCUCAGGUUCCUGGAGGUCAGCACUUGUUGGUAACGAAUCUGGAAGAUCCCUGUUUGAAAAAAUCUACAGAUGCUUGCCAACAAACUAAACACAAGCAGUUGGUGCAGGGAGGUCCUAAUCCACAAAUGAAAAGUCGGCAACAACACCAGGUUAUUCAGCAGAACUUACAAGAAAAUGUAUUGGAGACAUCGGCGAAUGCUAACAAGGAACAUUUGGCUCUGGCUGCUCAUUUUAUUGAAAAGCCAAUUUCAAAGCAGCUAAUGUGGGAUCAGAGAAAGCAGUCCACCCAGUAUGCGGAGCAUUACCAACUUCUUCAUCUAUGGCAACAGAAGAAUAGGGGUCACAACAUCAUCUGUGAUAAUCAUAUGCUAUCACUAAAAGAAGAAAAACAGGUAGACCAUCAAGGAUGUCUGCAAUUUCAGCAGACUAAUAACAAAUUUAAACCUGUUACAAAACCAGUGUACAGCUACCAGUCAUCAUCCCCAACCCCCAAGACUGAUGAACAGACAGCAAAUAGAGGCGAUGUGAAGCUUUUUGGUCAGAUCCUUCAGUCUCAUUCAUCAAACUUAUCAAAGCUACCACCAAGAAAUGAGGUUGUUAACUGUUCCACUGCAUCCUUUGAAGGUAGGCAAAAACUAUCGCAUGUUCCUGAAAAUGAUGAACAUUGUCAUGCAGUGGCAAAUUUUUUAUCUGAACAGCAAUUGCCUGCAAAAUAUGUUUGCAUGUAUUCUGAAGGCAUUGCAGGCAAAACCAAAAAUAACACAAGUUGGAAGCUGAAGGAAUCUACAGAAAUGUCAGAAUGUUUUGCAGAAGGGUGUUCAGGCCCAAAAACUAAUUUUAGGAAGGCAGGCACAGUACAUUCUAGUCAGGAGUUUGGUGGGCGAAAUUUACAGUUUUGGGAGGAUAGUUCCAGGCAUGAUCCUUGUAAGAAUACAAGUCAAACUAGAAUUUCGCAUUUUUCAAAGGAUCUGGAUUCACAGUGCAAGUCAAUGUCAGAAUGUUUUUCAGGUAGUAGUAGUGUAGACCAAACUGUCAAAGCUAACAAAUUUAAAGUGUUAUCUUUAGAUUCAUCCAUGAUACCAGGGUGGCAUGGUAGUGUGAUACAGGAUGUGCCAUACCUAACGAAGGAUCCAUUAACAGUGAGGGAAUGUGAUUAUUAUCCUUCAGGAUACAAAGAGUUGGGAAAUGGUUACAUUUUUUCACUGGGUGUGAAACAGCCUGAUCUUUUAGUUGAACUUAGGAGAGGGGCAGGUUUUGACAGAACACUUUCUCAUGAACCUGGAAGAUGUGAUACGGUGCAAUCUAUAUUACCUUUCCAAGGUCAGAUGAGAAAUAUUUCUAGUCACACGGGGAUUCAGGCAGGCAGAGGAGUGCCUGGAGGAAGCUUUGUGUCAGAUCCAGUUGCUGCUUUUAGAAUGCAAUGCUCUACGGUAGAACAAGUGAAAGCAUCAUUUCAACAUCCUCACUUUAGAAGCACUAGAGAUCAAGGGUUGGGGAGAGGUGAUUAUGGCAGUUAGGACUUCUUUUUCUGUGUACAUGUGAUCUGGGUGAAUGACCCAUUGUACCAUUCUGUAUUUUUAAAAAAUUCUAUUUGUAACAGUAUCCUUCGUCUAUUUUUUCCAUGAGAACUAAAUAAUAUGCCUCAGGAAGUCAGGCGAUUUUGUCUUAUGCAGCAGAAACUGGUCUGUCUGAUAUGUUGACAAAUCUUAUGGAGGUUGGAAGUGUGGUGAUUUCAACGGAGAAUUAUUAUUAAACACAAAGUUCGGAGUUCUGGUAUAGUCACAUCUUCAGACUUUUGAGGCUAUCAUCUGCCUGCAAGGUAUGAGUUGUUUAGUGAUGGAAAUAUAAGCUAAUCCAUUUUAGUGUUUCUUAUUUUUUGGAGUUCUUUGAACAUAUUUUCUGCCAAACACAUAUUUGUCUCUUGUAAGAAUUGACAGCAAAAAACUUUUGGAGGGCCGUCUGGUUUUCUUGCAAUGUUAUAUUUGAAAAGUUGGUUUGAUGUAAUUUGUAUAUU